AUGUCACUUACAAUGAAACGACAACUUUCUGAUGGCGUGCAAGAAUCUCAAGAGAAGCGACUGCAAACAUCAUCAAAGGACUAUCUAGCGAUGCUUGUUAGUUUAAUUCCAGGAAAAGAAGGAAAGAUUCCGAUCUCCUACCAAACAGUAACAUCGGUGGGGCGAAGUAGAUCCUGUGACAUUACUCUGGCAGAGCCUGAUAUUUCUACGCUCCACUGUAACCUCUGCUUACUUGAUGUUAAUGUCGAUGGGGAGCCCAGAAAGUUGAUUAAUAUCGUCGACAAAAGCAGAAAUGGGACAUUCAUAAAUGGUAGCAAAUUAGUGAGGAGGGACUAUAUUUUGAAAAAUGGUGACAGAGUCGUUUUUGGUAGAAGCUGUUCCUUUCUUUUCAAGUACUUUGUAGAGGAUCAAAUUAAAGGGGACGUCAGUAGCGAAAUACACCAAGCCCCACAAGAGUCAAGCAGUUCGUUUAAGAAGCCCAUGGGAUUGAGUCAGACAUUAAAUAAGGAACCCAUAAGAAAAGCUUUAGCCCCAAUCUCAUUUUUUGAUAAAUAUGUAGCAGGAAAGGAAUUGGGUACAGGACAUUAUGCCAUAGUUAAAGAAGCUAUCAAUAAGGACAGUGGAGAUGUUGUUGCUGUAAAAAUCUUUCACCCUCAACAAAAUGAUGAUAAAAAGAAGACAAAACAAUUCAGAGACGAGACUAAAAUACUGAUGAGUAUCAAGCAUACUAAUAUUGUGAAGCUCAUUGAUCGCUUCGUUGAGCCCGUGAGCAAAUCUCAAAUACAAACGUAUCUAGUACUCGAGAAAGUGAGUGAUGGUGAAUUAUUCGAUCGCAUUGUGCGUAAAACAAAGCUAAGACAGGAUGAGACAAGGGCUAUUUUCAAGCAAAUUUUAAGUGGAUUAAAAUAUUUACAUGAUAAGAAUAUCAUCCACAGGGAUAUCAAGCCAGAAAACAUUCUGUUGAGCAUUAGGAAACGCAGGUUUCCACAAGAGCCCCAAUUGGGACCAUGGGAUGAUGAUGAAAUGGAUAUAACAAUCAAAAUUGCUGAUUUUGGGUUAGCGAAAUUUAUUGGAGAGAUGCAGUUUACCAACACUUUAUGUGGCACCCCUUCAUAUGUUGCCCCAGAGGUUUUACAAAAAACAGGAUACUGCUCUAAAGUUGAUCUUUGGAGUGCAGGUGUUCUUCUCUAUGUGUGUCUUUGCGGAUUUCCUCCAUUCAGCGAUCAACUUGCUCCUCCUUCGAUGAGGGAGCAAAUUUUGCAAGGAAAGUUUGCCUUUUAUUCUCCAUAUUGGGAUGAGAUCGACGACUCUGUAUUACAUUUAAUCUCAAAUCUAUUAUUGGUCAAUCCCGCCGUAAGAUACACCGUCAAUGAUACAAUAAAUCAUCCAUGGUUUAGUGCUACGGAAAAACUAGGGGGAAGAAUGCAGCUGGACAGACUAUCACUUGAGGCCAACAGAAUUCCUAAAACAUAUUCAGAAUUAUCUAAAAUAGACCAUUGCAAUUCAUAA